AUGGCGCAGCAAGGAGCUCAGCUGGACGGAGCUAAAUUCUGCUGUUCCAUCUGUUUGGAUCUACUGAAGCAUCCAGUGACUAUUCCCUGUGGACACAGCUACUGUAUGAGCUGUAUUAACAACGUCUGGGAUGGAGAGGAUGAGAAGAAAAUCUACGGCUGCCCUCAGUGCAGACAGACCUUCACACCGAGGCCUGUCCUCAUGAAAAACACCAUGUUAGCAGAUAUAAUGGAGGAGCUGAAGAAGACGGGUCUCCAAGCUGCUCCUGCUGCUGCUACUGAUCACUGCUAUGCUGGACCUGAGGAUGUGGCCUGUGAUGUCUGUACUGAAAGGAAGCUGAAGGCCCUCAAGUCCUGUCUGGUGUGUCUCAUCUCAUAUUGUGAGACACACCUCCAGCCUCAUUAUGAAUCUGCUGCAUUUGAAAAACACAAGUUGGUCAAUCCCUCGGAGAAACUCCAGGAGAACAUCUGCUCUCAUCAUGAUGAGGUGAUGAAGAUGUUCUGUCGUACUGAUCAGCAUAUUAUCUGUUAUCUCUGCCCCGUGGAUGAACAUGAAGGCCAUGACACAGUCUCAGCUGCAGCAGAAAGGACUGAGAGGCAGAGAGAACUCGAGGUGAGUCGACUAAACAUCCAGCAGAGAAUCCAGGACAGAGAGAAAGAUGUGAAGCUGCUUCAACAGGAGGUGAAGGCCAUCAGUCGUUCUGCUGAUAAAGCAGUGGAGGACAGUGAGAAGAUCUUCACUGAGCUGAUCCGUCUCAUCGAGAAAAGAAGCUCUGAUGUGAAGCAGCAGAUCAGAUCCCAGCAGGAAACUGAAGUGAGUCGAGUCAAAGAGCUUCAGGAGAAGCUGCAGCAGGAGAUCACUGAGCUGAAGAGGAAAGACGCUGAACUGAAGCAGUUCUCACACACAGAGGAUCACAACCAGUUUCUACGCAACUACCCCUCAGUGUCACAACUCAGUGAAGCUACAGACUCAUCCAGCAUCAAUAUCCGUCCUCUGAGAUACUUUGAGGAUGUGACAGCAGCUGUGUCAGAGCUCAGAGAUAAACUACAGGACAUCCUGAAGGAGGAAUGGGCAAACAUCUCACUGACAGUGACUGAAGUGGAUGUUUUACUGUCAGAUAUACAUCCAGAGCCCAAGAUCAGAGCGGAUUUCUUAAAAUAUUCAUGUGAAAUCACACUGGAUCCAAACACAGCAAAAAAAAAUCUGCUAUUAUUUGAGGGGAACAGAAAAGCAACUGUAGCAAAUUGCACACAGUCUAAUUCUAGUCAUCCAGACAAAUUCAUUGAUUGGUGUCAGGUCCUGAGUAGAGAGAGUCUCACUAGACGUUGUUAUUGGGAGGUGAAGUGGACUGGGAGAGGAGGUUAUGUAGCAAUUGCAUACAAGAAUAUCAGCAGAGCAGGACGUUCGAAUGAAUGUAAAUUUGGGCACAAUGACAAGUCUUGGGCUUUAGAUUGCGACACUGACAGUUAUAAAUGUUUGUUCAACAAUAUCUCAACUCCAGUCUCAGGACCUUGUUCCUCCAGAGUCGGAGUGUACCUGGAUCACAGAGCAGGUAUUCUGUCCUUCUACAGCGUCUCUGAAACCAUGACUCUCCUCCACAGAGUCCAGACCACAUUCACUCAGCCUCUCUAUGCUGGACUCUGGUUUAAAUAUAUUGGAGACACAGCUGAGUUGUGUAAACUCAAAUAG